UGAACUUUUUCAGGUUCCUUAAAGGGGUUAUCUCCAUCCUGUUCCACAGGGAGGACAGAUGGGUUGUCCUUUACCAUUCAGUGUCCACCUGCACUUGAUUAGACAGCAGCAGUUUUACAUACCGCACCACCAGAAUCCCAUGAUGACAUAGCCUCAGACAACAGCGUGACUAGGAUUUCCCCCCCAAGCCCUUGUAUCACAGAGGAUCUGGCAGCCAGUUACCUUCUGACACUGUUUAUAGCAUAUAUUGGUUGAUCCAGUCCCUUACUGAAUCUGCUGUGGGAAUUAAAGCAAGCAGCUUCACGUCAGAAAGGAUCAGCACACACUGCAAAGAUGCAUCUGAAUUCUCUUCCUUUCUUCAUUUUCUUGAUUAGUGGCAUCUUUUGUCAAUAUGAUUAUGAUGGGUAUUAUGCUCCACAGCCUGAUUAUGGUUAUGCUGUUUCAAUGUUUGAUCACUCAACAGCAGUCUGUGCACCAGAAUGUACUUGCCCUAUAAGCUACCCAUCAGCCAUGUAUUGUGACAAUCUUAAACUGAAGAGUCUCCCAAUUAUUCCUUCUGGAAUUAAAUACCUGUAUCUCCGCCAUAAUAUGAUCGAAGGUAUAGAAGAGAAAGCUUUUGAUAAUGUAACAGACCUGGAGUGGCUAAUCCUAGAUCAUAACCAUCUGGAAAAUUCAAAAAUAAAAGGCAAAGUCUUCGCCAAACUAAAGAGUUUGAAAAAACUUCAUAUUAACAACAACAAUUUAACUGAAGCUAUUGGACCACUUCCCAAUACUCUGGAUGAUGUGCAACUCACUCAUAACAAGAUUUCAAAAAUCAAUCCCAACACAUUUGAAGGACUAGUGAACCUGACUGUCAUUCACCUACAGCACAACCAACUGUCUGAAGAUGCACUUUCUGGAGCUUUUAAAGGCCUAAAUGCACUUUUGUAUCUUGACUUGAGCUUUAAUAAGAUUACUAAACUGCCUUUGGGACUGCCCCCUAAUUUAAUGAUGCUAUAUUUUGACAAUAAUCAGAUUACCAACAUUCCUGAUCAGUAUUUCCAGGGUUUUAAAGAUCUUCAGUAUUUACGUCUAUCUCACAAUAAGUUGACAGAUUCUGGAAUACCAGGCAAUGCUUUCAAUAUAUCUACCCUUGUUGAGCUGGAUCUCUCCUAUAAUCAGCUGAAGAGCAUUCCAACAGUAAAUGAGCAUCUCGAAAACUACUACCUCCAAGUCAAUCAGAUAAACAAAUUUCCAGUGAGCAGCUUUUGCAAAGUUGUGGGAGCCCUGGCCUACUCAAGAGUCAGACAUCUGCGUUUGGAUGCAAAUAAUCUCACAAGAUCUGAUCUUCCUCAAGAAAUGUACAGCUGUCUCCGAAUGGCUGCUGAUAUCACCGUGGAGUGAUUUGUGCAUUACUUCAUUCAGUGGCCAUAUCCAUUUUUGUAAUUUACCACACUUUAAAGCUAGAAUGCCAUAUUGCAUAAUGUCAAUUGUGUUUGUUAACAAGUAGCAUGGCCACUUUUAAAAAUAAUGCUUCUGUUCUAGCAAAUCUGUGAGGUCAAAGUUUUGUAAAGCUAGGAAGUCCCCAUAGAUUGUGGACAAAAUUGUUUUCAUGUUUCUUUUCUAGACAAGUACAGCCUGAGUUUGAAAAGGAUAUUUUUGAAAAGCACUGUACAUGCACGAUAAACACACACCACUCCUUGUGUGCAGUCCUACUCAGGUGUGCAGUCCUAACUCAGGUUUGCAGAAGUCAGGCAUGUUCUGAUCUAGAUAGAGUAUUUAGUACUUUAGGGCUGGACCAAUAUAUGUACAUUAUUUUCCUAUAUUCAAAUCAAAGGGUCUCACCCACUUUUAUUCCUUUGAUAUGUUUUCUUGUUGUGAUUAUAUUACACAUGAAAGCAAUAAAUCAUUAUAGCUAUUGAAAACACAUACAAAAGCAUAUUUUAAAACCCUGUUAACUAUGAUUUAUGCAAAGAAUUGAAAUAAAUAGCAACAUUUUCCAGGUUUUUAUUUUGUUAAUGCAUUUUAUAUUUAAUCAGUAAAAAAUGUUUUGGUGUGGUUUGUUUAAAUCUUUAAAAUGGAAUUGUUACUUUACAGUCAAACAUGUACACCAAUAUUGUUAUUCAGUUAUUUGCAUGCUACAUUUAACAUGAUUGUAGAAAAUAAAACAUAGCAAAUAAAAAUACUGAGUGCAAAUUAUUGUCAAUGUAUGUUUACAUUUUUAGAAAACAGUAAGUGCAGAUGAAAACAAACCAAAAAAUACACUAUUUUAUAUUUUGCUGAAUUAUUGUAAGACUACAACUCCAUCAAAUAAAUUGUUUUAUGUA